GCCAUACCAAUUUGUGCCAGUGAAUUGAAAGAAGGGGUUGUGAAAUGGCUUGAGAAGGCAACUGAUAAUUUUUCGCCCAAGAAUGAAAUUGGGCGAGGCCAGUUUGUGAUUGUUUACAAAGGGAUACUGCAAGAUGGAACAAUAGUAGCCUUUAAAAAGAUCACAGAAUCAGAAAAUCAAGGCGCUGCUGAAUUUUGCAAUGAAGUUGAGAUCAUUAGCACAUUAAAGCACCGGAAUCUAGUACGGCUUAGAGGGUGUUGUGUGACGGAUGAAGAUGAGCAUAAUGGAAAUGGAGUGUGUUGUAGAUAUCUCGUUUAUGAUUACAUGCCAAAUGGGAAUCUCAAAGACAAUUUAAUUUUCUUGCCAGAAAAUGUAAAUCGGAUUGAGACGAAACCAUUGACUUGGCCUCCAUGGAGGAGCAUAAUAUUGGAUGUGGCGAAGGGUCUGGCUUACCUUCACUAUGGGGUGGAGCCUGCAAUAUAUCAUAGAGAUAUUAAGUCAACAGAUAUACUACUAAAUGCAAAUAUGACAGCAAAAGUGACAGAUUUUGGGUUAGUGAAACACAGACAAGUAGUGCAGCCUCAUCUCAUGACCACCAGAGUGGCCGGUACACACAGUUACUUGGCCCCAGAAUAUGCAUUUUAUGGUUCGGAGUUGUUAUGUUGGAAAUCAUUAUAUGGGCAAUUGACAGAAAAUAGUGAUGUUUAUAACUUCGGAGUAAUUAUGUUGAAAAUCAUUUUAUGGGCAAUAUGGUGGUAG